GCCCGACGCCGGCCGCGACUGUGUCCAGCCGGCCCGGCCGCCCGCGGCCGCCUCCGCCGCCCGGGGGCUGUGCGCGGCUUGGUCGCCGUCGCGGGCCGGACACAGAGCCUGGAGUCCCAUCACCUCCUGAAACACUGACUUGAUUGCCUGUUUGAUGACAACAACUUGGAUACAAUUAUUUUUAAGUGAAUAAAUAAGUGGAAGGCAUAUGUGGGCAUCGUGUUGGCACAUGAGUAGAAUUUUCUAGGUUCACGAAUGGCAUUUUGAACUGGAUGUUUGGUGCCAGGAACCAAGAGCCAGUUUGCUGAAUUUCUGUCGCUGUCACUCGGGAUUGCUGAGAGUUUCGGGGAAGGUCUGUGGGUGUGUCCAGGUGCCGGCCCGGCUGGCGGCACAACUGGAAGCCAUUUUCAAGAACUUCUGCCACAGGUGUAAAAGACUCCAGCCCUGCGAAGAUGCUGAAACAGAUCCUGUCGGAGAUGUACAUAGAUCCUGAUCUGCUGGCAGAGCUCAGCGAAGAACAGAAACAGAUCCUGUUCUUCAAGAUGCGGGAGGAACAGAUCCGCCGGUGGAAAGAAAGAGAAGCAGCAAUGGAAAACAAGGAGUCCUUGCCAGUGAAAUCCAGACCGAAGAAAGAGAAUGGCAAAUCUGUUCACUGGAAACUGGGAGCUGAUAAGGAAGUCUGGGUCUGGGUGAUGGGUGAACACUAUUUGGAUAAACCCUACGACAUGCUCUGUAAUGAAAUUAUUGCUGAGCGGGCCCGGCGGAAAGCAGAGCAGGAAGCAGAGGAGUUCAGAAAAACUCAGUCCAAAGAAUUCACCAAUAGCUUGAAAACAAAAUCACAGCACUGUGACCUGCCAGCACCAGAUGACGGGGAGACUGAGAGUGUCCAUGGGCAGGCGGCAGGCCCUGGGCCAGCACCACCCCGCCAAGAAGAGGAGAUCUCGUCACCCUCCAGUUCCUCAAGAAAUAUUCAACAGAUGUUGGCAGAUUCUAUCAAUCGUAUGAAGGCAUAUGGAUUUCACCAGAAGAAAGAAUCUACAAAGAAAACAGAGGAUGAAGAAAUAAAACAAAUAGAUGAAGAGAGAACCAAGGAGAUUUAUAAGAACUGGAAAGAAGACUCAGAGUGGCAGGCAUCUUUGCGAAAAUCCAAAGCAGCAGAUGAGAAGAGACGCUCCUUGGCUAAACAAGCUCGGGAAGACUACAAGAGGUUAUCCCUAGGGGCCCAAAGAGGAAGAGGCAGCGAGGGACUGCAGAGGCCCCCAGGUGCUCCACAGAAACCCAGGAGACCCCCUCUUCCACCCAAGCCUCAGUUCCUAAGCCCAGCGGGAUACCCUCAGAAUCCUCUUAGAAACCAGGGAGUGAUGAGGACAGCAUCCAGCUCUGCCCAGGAGGACAUCAUCCGAUGGUUUAGAGAAGAGCAGCUCCCACUGCGAGCAGGCUACCAGAAGACGGCAGACACCAUAGCUCCCUGGUUCCAUGGUAUUCUCACACUGAAGAGAGCAAAUGAACUUCUGAGCCCGUGUGUGCCAGGCAGCUUCCUGAUCCGAGUCAGCGAGAGGAUCAGAGGCUACGCCCUGUCCUAUCGGGGUCAGGACGGCUGUAAGCACUUCCUCAUCGACGCCUCCACGGACUCCUACAGCUUCCUGGGCGUGGACCAGCUGCAGCAUGGUACCCUGGCCGAGCUGGUGGAGUACCACAAGAUACUCAGGGACCCCGCUGGGGCAGAGAAUAUAGGAGACGCUAAAAAAUCCGUGCACACACUGAUCACAUCUGAGAACACUCUUAAGUUAGAACUCGAGCCCGGGACGGAAAGAGAGCACGUGGCAGUUUCUGGGAGGAACCCAUAACUUCCCUGGGGAAAGAGCUCCUUCUGUACCCCUGUGGGCAGCAGGACCAGCCGCCCGACUACCUGGAGCUCUUUAAGUGACAGCGCCCAUCAUGUCACCCUGCACCCCACUGCGGGCUUUCCUCUGGAGAAACACUGCUGAGUGGACAUUUGUGUGUGAAGCCAAAAUCACCCUGCAGCGGAGCUGAUGCUGAUCAAGUGAGGCAUCCUGGGAGGCCUGUGGCAGUCUCUCUUCUGCACCAACGCCAGAGCUUAAAGUUAAGAGAAACGACCUCUGCAUCCUGUGCUCUCCACAAGGAAAGGGAGAAGGGUCCCAAUUGCAGCAACUAACAGCAUGAAGGCUGCAACCUUAAUAGUGUAGAUAAGAUAAAAUGAACGAGGAAGAAAUGGAGACCUUUUAGGAAUUAAGGUGUGCUUCAAAAACCAGUGGCUCACGUGAACUAUUUCCUGACCUCUACACUCCCUCUCUGCGCCACCUCAAAAGGUCUCAGGGUCCUGUUUAUGUGACGUCCCAUGUGGGCUGUGGGAAGCUGGCAGAAAGGCCUUUACUAGCGGCUGGGAUGACCCUCCAAACACACUUGAUUUACUGUGCAUGCUGGAGCCAAGAUGUAAGAGACAUAGAAAGACACAAGUUGGGAAUGUAAAUUGAAUGAGGGGUUUUAAAAUGCAGGAUGAGAGGCUUAGCAUGUACAGACAUAGUAGGCCUGUAGGAGAGUGAGCAGACAUCUGCAAGCAUGUGUCCUCGUCCUGGAGGCCCGGGGCAGCACUGCCUGCCUGCUGUGGCUCUCCCCAAGAGCGCCCCAAGAGGAUGGAGUGUGCAUCUUAGUGGUCACAGAGAACAGAUUAGUGAGCUGUUUGUAUUCUAUUUGUCAUGGGUUGAAUUGUGUUCCCAAAAAAUAUGUUGAGGGGGCCAGCACGGUGGCGUAGUGGUUAACUUCACGCACUCCGCUUUGGUGCUUGGUGGCCCAGGGUUUGCAGGUUUGGAUCCCGGGUGUGGAUCUAGCACCACUCAUCAAGCCACAUUAUG